AUGGAUGUUGCAGCUUUGAGAGACCGCAUCCAGUCUACCCUCGACGCCAAUGCGGAUAACAGACGCCAAGCUGAGUUGGACUUGAAAUAUGCCGAGACACAACCGGGCUUCAUAAAUGCGCUUCUGGAUAUCUUGCAGGGGGAACAAAACAAUGCCGUUCAACUGUCGGCUGGUGUUUACUUGAAGAACAGGAUCACCCGCGGUUGGUCUGUCGUCGAAGAAAGUCCUUUGCGCGCACCGAUCCCCGAGGAGGAAAAACCUAGUUUUCGAGAGCGACUGAUCCCCGCAUUGGCGUCCACUCCUCCGAAUGUUCGAGCACAGCUUGUUCCCCUUCUCCAGAAGAUACUUCAACAUGACUUCCCGGAGCAGUGGCCGGGUUUCUUGGAAAUCACCCUUCAGCUGCUGGGUACCAACGAUGCGAGCUCUGUCUACGCAGGCCUGCAGUGCCUGCUGGCCAUCUGCCGGGUGUAUAGGUUCAAGGCCGGAGAGAAGCGGGAAGAGUUCGAUAAGAUUGUUGAGCAUACGUUCCCUCAGCUAUUGAAUAUCGGGUUGAAGUUGGUUGAUGAGGAAAGUCUGGAGGCUGCGGAAAUGCUUCGAAUUGUUGUCAAGUCAUACAAGCAUGCUAUUUAUUUCGAACUUUCUCCCUCCCUUCAAGCGCAGCAGGCCACGGUGGAUUGGUGCACCCUGUUCCUGCGCAUAAUUGCUAAGGAGCCUCCGGCAAAUGCCAUGAUGGAGUCCAAGGAAGAAAGAGAAUUAAAUCACUGGUGGAAAUGCAAGAAGUGGUCAUAUGCCAACUUGAACCGUCUCUUCAUCAGCAGAUACGGAAACCCCACGACGAUGACCAAGUCUAGCACUCCCGACUACACUCAGUACGCGAAAAACUUCAUCGCCAACUUUGCUCCGGAGAUCCUCAAGGGCUAUUUGCAGGAGAUCGACAAGUGGGUAUCGAAGGGCCAGUGGCUCAGCAACCCGGCACUCGCCUACACUCUCAUCUUCCUGGAGGAAUGCGUGAAGCCGAAGGCGAUGUGGGAUCAUCUCAAGCCCCAUAUGGACAACCUGGUUGCUCACUUCAUCUUCCCGAUUCUUUGCCAGUCUGACGAAGAUAUCGAGUUGUUCCAGGAGGAUCCUUCGGAAUACCUUCACCGGAAGUUGAAUUACUAUGAAGAGGUCUCGGCGCCCGAUGUGGCAGCUACCAACUUCCUGGUUGCUUUGACGAAGAAUCGCAAGAAACAGACUUUCUCCAUCCUUACAUUUGUCAAUGGUGUCGUCAGCAAGUAUGAAUCUGCCCCGGAGGAUCAAAAGUCGCCUCGGGAGAAGGAAGGCGCUCUGCGCAUGAUCGGUUCUUUGGCCUCUGUUAUCCUGGGCAAGAAGAGCCCCAUCGCUGGUGAGGUGGAAUACUUCUUCGUCCGUCACGUUUUCCCAGAAUUCCGCAGCCCCCACGGCUUCCUCAGAGCUCGUGCAUGUGAUACUCUAGAGAAGUUCGAGGCUCUUGAUUUCCAGGACCCGAACAACCUCAUGAUUAUCUACAGAAACAUCCUCGAGUCCAUGACAGAUCCCGAAUUGCCUGUCAGGGUUGAGGCGGCGCUCGCUUUGCAGCCUCUUAUCCGCCACGACAUUAUCAGGACUUCGAUGCAGCAAAACAUCCCCCAGAUCAUGCAGCAGCUUCUCAAGCUCGCCAACGAGGUCGAUGUGGACGCUCUUGCCAACGUUAUGGAAGACUUUGUUGAAGUCUUCUCUGCCGAGCUCACCCCGUUCGCUGUAGCACUCAGCGAGCAGCUUCGUGACACAUACAUGCGUAUCGUUGGAGAGCUUUUGGAGCGCAAUGCCACCAAGGGUGACGAGGACGCCUACGGCGACUUUUUGGAUGACAAGAGCAUCACCGCUCUUGGUGUCCUGCAGACGAUUGGCACAUUGAUUCUCACUCUCGAGAGCACACCCGAUGUGCUGCUUCACCUUGAAACCAUCCUCAUGCCCGUCAUUAGUAUUACUCUUGAGAACAAGCUUUACGACUUGUACAACGAAGUUUUUGAGAUCAUCGAUAGCUGCACCUUUGCCUCUAAGUCGAUUUCUCCUACUAUGUGGCAAGCCUUUGAGCUCAUCCACAAGACCUUCAAGGCUGGGGCUGAGCUCUACCUUGAGGACAUGCUCCCUGCCCUCGACAACUACGUCGCUUAUGGCUCUCAGAUGUUGGUCCAGAACCCGGCAUAUCUGGCGGCCGUUGUUGGCAUGGUUCAGGACAUCUUCCGCGACGAAAAGGUGGGUGGUGUGGAUCGGAUCUGCGGCUGCAAGCUCGCCGAGACUCUGAUGCUCAAUCUCCGCGGCUACAUUGACCAGUACAUUCCUGUCUUCAUCGAGCUCGCAAUGCGUGUCAUUGAUGCCGGCGAGGCGCGCACUAAGUCCUACCGCAUUCACCUGAUGGAGAUGGUCAUCAACGCGAUUUACUACAACCCUGUUCUGAGCUUACAGGUGCUGGAAGCAAAUGGCUGGACGAACAAGUUCUUCAGCACGUGGUUCUCCAAUAUCGACAACUUCAGACGGGUCCAUGAUAAGAAGCUGUCAAUCGCAGCAAUCAGCUCUCUUUUGACCUUGAAGGCUGGUGAUGUUCCUACUAGCGUUCAACAAGGAUGGCCUAGACUUCUUCAGGGAGUGACCAGACUCUUCCAAACUUUGCCUGCUGCAAUCAAGAACCGAGAAGAUGCUACCAAGGAGUCUGACUUCACGUAUGAAGACGAAGACGAUGUUGAUGAUGAGGACAAUGACUGGGAUGGUGAGGUUGAAUGGACUGAACAGGACGAGGCAGAGGGCGUUCUGGAAGACGACGUUGCUGACGAGAGCGCUGCCUACCUCGACUUUUUGAACAAGGAGGCUCAGAAGUUCGGCUCGUUCGCCGAUGAUGACGAUGAAGAGUUGGACGAGGAAAGCUUGCUUGAGACCCCUCUUGACAAGGUUGAGCCUUACGGCAUGUUUAAGCAUGUGUUCAUGAGCCUCCAACAAGAACAGCCGCAACUUUAUGAGAACCUGACGAAGAUCCUAAGCCCCGAGGAACAGGGUGUGCUUCAAGCUGUUUUCCACGAAGCCGAUGCGAAGGCGUUGGCUGCAGCCAAUGCUGAAACUGCAGGCAUUCAAGCCAAUGGAAACUGA